CGCCGCGCCUCCGGAAUAAGACUACAAUUCCCAGAAGUGCCCUGGCGCUCCCCGCCACGUGUUUUCUCUGCUCGCCAAUGGGCGGAAGCGCCGCGUGAGCUUGCUCCCGCCCUCCCCGGCGCUCCGGAGCCAAUCGGAAAGGGUGUUGUGUGUGUGUCUCUGUGUGUUGUGUGUGAGUGUGUGUGUGUACGCGCGCGCGCGCGCGUGAGGGCAAGUGGAGUAGUGGGCCGAGCUCAGUACCGGGAGGCCCUGCUCGCAGGGCCCGGGGGCCCGGGGGCCCGGGGGCGGCCGCAGCGCUCGGUGCGCAGCGAGUGGGCGGCCCCCUCCCGCGCCUGCCCCGCGCGUGCGCGCUCGGCCCCUCCCUCCCCGGCACCCUCCUCGGCUCCCGCGCGGCGGCGGCGGCGGCGGCGGUUCCUCUCCCCUCCCCCUGCCCCCCAGCCCUGGCUCCGGGGGACCCCGCGAUGCCAGUGCGCACCGAGUGCCCCCCGCCGGCCGGUGCGUCGGCCGCGUCCGCGGCCUCGCUCAUCCCGCCGCCGCCCAUCAACACCCAGCAGCCCGGCGUGGCCACCAGCCUGCUCUACAGCGGCUCCAAGUUCCGUGGCCACCAGAAGAGCAAGGGGAAUUCGUACGACGUAGAGGUGGUGCUGCAGCACGUGGACACAGGGAACUCUUACCUUUGUGGCUACUUGAAGAUUAAAGGCCUCACCGAGGAGUAUCCGACCCUCACGACCUUCUUUGAAGGAGAAAUAAUCAGCAAAAAGCACCCUUUCCUAACUCGCAAGUGGGAUGCGGACGAAGAUGUGGACCGGAAACACUGGGGCAAGUUUCUGGCUUUUUACCAGUACGCAAAAUCAUUUAAUUCAGAUGACUUCGAUUAUGAAGAGCUGAAGAAUGGAGAUUAUGUCUUUAUGCGAUGGAAGGAGCAGUUCCUGGUCCCAGACCACACGAUCAAAGACAUCAGCGGUGCUUCCUUUGCCGGCUUCUACUACAUCUGUUUUCAGAAGUCGGCUGCCUCCAUAGAGGGCUACUACUACCAUCGGAGCUCAGAAUGGUACCAGUCCCUCAACCUGACCCACGUUCCCGAACACAGCGCGCCCAUCUACGAAUUCCGGUGACAGCAGGUCCGGCCGGCAACCCAAUAAAACUGAACUUGGCAGAAAAGACCUUAGCCAGGAAACUUGUGUCCCUGCCAGACCCAGGAGGAGGAGGAGCGUGUCCCCGUCUCUUCGAGAGCAUGGACGAGAACCCACAGAAGCCAAGCGAGGAGCUCGCGCGGGCGGGCAGCGGCAGGCGGGCCGCCGGCCCGGUCUCCCUCCCCUCUGGCAGCCUGGCCUCUGUGUGCUUUUCAGCGACCUUAAACGCACUUCCUUCCCGCACAGCUGACUGCUGCGUCCCGGAAAUGCCCACUCCUGCCCGGCCCGGGUCCCCGCCUCCCCCGAGCAGGUCAGCUCCCGCAUCGCCCUCAGCCUUGGUGCUCAGUGGUCCCUCCCCACGCCCCCCGCCCCCGUUGCGUGGCCCCGGAGCUCUGUGUGGGAGGAGGAGGGGGAGGAUUGGCGAGCUACAGAGUGAGGUGGAGGCCGCGGCUGAUGGGAUCCGUGCCGGACCUCGUCAGUCUGCGGGGCUCCUGUCGCCUCGUGUGUUGCCGAGGCUGAGCCAGUAGGUGGCUGGCAGGCUGUGGGGGGUGUUCAGGGCGGGGCGGGGCGGGGGUCACUCCAUUUACGCCUCCAGGUCCCCUGGCAGGAGCAGGUCCCAGCCCCGCGGCCUCAGCACGCUUGCUCCAGACUUUGGAACUCGAGGGCAAUACGAAACCUAAAAAAAAAAAAAAAAAAAAAGAGAUUUUUUUAAUGACAAAAUUAUUUUUAUUGGUCCCUUGAACGAGGACCCUGUGGCAAAUGCACAACUAUUCAGAAUUACAUUUUAUCGUUUUCACAUUGAAAACAGCAAAUGUCGACUUAGUAAUUUUUAUAUCUAUAUGUAUAUGUGUACGUAUAUUUAAGCAACCAGCAGUUUUGAGAGACGCGUGGUCCCGGUGCAGGCAUCACACGGCAUCGGUGAGACGACAGGGCCGGACCCCAGGGCCCGUGCGGGGUGGGGUGUGGGGGUGCAGUUUAGCAUCUGUAACCUCUUCCUUUUGCCACUCAGAACAACAGUGCGACCUUUUCCCCACGAGGCACUAGGGGGUCGUCCCCCCAAAACACGGGCGCUGAAAUGUCGGGGCAUGCAGGGCGGGGUAGCGGGGGUCGGGGAGGCGAGAACACACUCAGAUAACUCAAGGCUCACGUGCCAAAGUGUGUGUGUGCGUGCGUGUGUGUGUGCGUGUGAGCUUGCGCGUGUGUGGUUUUCCGUUUUGUUGUUUUUCUUACAUGUUUGAAAAGCUUCCUAGGUUGGCAUUGGUCUGUAGCCCGCAGGUAUGGGCGGGGCUUUGGGGAUCGGCAUUUUUCUGAAGGUUUACAAGACUUUGAAUCCAAGAGGAAAAGCUUUAAAAAUCAACGUCAGAAACCCCCACCACCAUGCCCACCACCUCGCAGGAGUGACGUUGGCCAAAGGGCAGGGCGAGAGGAGGCGAGGCGGCGAGGGGAUGCCUGGGGAACGGGACUUCGCUGUGGGUGCCUGGCGUGCUGUGUGCUCCUGAGACCCAGGCCACGGAAGCCUUCGAGGAGCUAGCCAGCAGGCACCCAUGACACCCGUGUGCGGUCCCAAGACUGUGCCGAGGUGCGGCUCCCCCAUCCGGCGAGGUCCGGGCACACGGAGAAAUGACGUUCACCUUGAGACUGGACGAGGCCUGGGUGGCCAGCCCUGGCAGGGGACUGCGACUGUGACGGCACCAGAAGAGGAAAGGCGGCCGAGGGCUGCUGGGAAAACAGCAUCCGCACCUCGCCAGCCACCCCAGAAGGAGCUGGCCCCGAGGGGAGGUAGCUAGCCCAGUGCACCAGGGGCCCAUCAGACGUGGCUGUCGUGAAUACAGGGCCGCCCCACCUGCCCCCUGCUGUUGCCCGAGGCGCUGUCCCAAGCCCCUCCCGAUACGAUGUGCAAUAUUGAUGGUUGACACUUGUCUCCACCACUGGGACGUGAGUGCAGGUUGCCUCCCCCCCACACCCCAUCUUCCUCCACCCCACGCGGGCUCGCGGCCCCCUCUGCCUCCCCAGCCCCCAGCCACGGACCCUGUCCUGUGCAGGACUCGCCCUGCCAGCACCCUCCUGCUGAGGUUUCGCAGUGCAGGGGUCAGGAGCCAGUGCCCACUGGAGGCAGGACACCCAGCUGUCUGUCGCUCUGGGGCAGCGAGGGCGGCCCCCAUGUCUCUGCUUUCGGAAGCAGGGAGUUUCUAUUCUCUCCAAGGCCUUGAAUUGAUUUUUUUUUUCUCCCUUCAUCAAAUAGUCUGAUAAGCUAAUUUUUAAAAAGAAACUCCAUUAAGUACGUUGCAUUGUGGUUUAAAAUGACUAACGAGUUCUGGGAAAGCAAAGUAAUAUUUGAUUUUCAACUUUCAAUGUUUUUAAGACUUAGAUUUGAACCGGGCACAAAGUGUGAAUAUUUUGUUUUCUUUACGGAGGACGUGUGGGGACCGGGCGUGAGGGUUGGGGAUGGGAGAAGUAUUUUGCAGAGUUAUCAAUGUCCAAAUAAUUUUUAAAGAAAAAAAUAAUAAAGGUAUUUAAGCAGUGA